AUGUCAGUCUGGGCUAGUCUUGCAGGUCCUUUUGCCAGAAUCACCGUCGGACCAGGAGUUUCUGCCACUGUCUUCACCCUUCCUAGAGCGCUCCUUUGCAAUUCGUCCACGUACUUCAACGCCGCUCUGAACAACGGCUUUGCCGAAACCAAAGAACAAAAGGUCAUCCUCGACGACGAAGAUCCAGCCGUCUUCCGCACAUACGCCCUCUGGCUGUACAACUCCAAGCUCGAAACCCAGCAUUCCGGACUACAACCUCUGGACGAAAACACUGCUGAGCAGUACCUCCUCCAUCUCUACAUUUUUGCCGAUAAACGUGGUAUCACCGGUUUCGCCAACGAUAUCAUCACCAUGCUUAUCACAAUCUGGGCUGAAAAUGUCAUGGAUCUCAGCACAGUCAUCUGGGUCUGCCCUCUCAUCUCUCGCAACAGCAAGCUCUAUGACCUGAUCCUCGACAACAUGGUCAUCUGUCUCCGGAACGAGAGCUUGACAAGAGACAUCCUCGACUACGCCAAUGUGCCAAAGGAUGUUCUCGUUGACUUGCUAGACAAGGAAUUCACACCUGAUGAGACUUUCGAGGACUUCACUGAGUGUUGUCUCGCUUGUAUCUGUCACUAUCAUGUUCAUACUGAGCAGGAGAUCUUGGAUGGGACUUGUGUCCGCAGACUUGAGAGUAGAUGCAACCAUUUCGACGACGACGAGGAGAAUGAGUUCCCUGAACAGUUUGACUGGCAGUGGUGA